AGCGUACAAUUAUGAAAAGUUGAUAUUUAAAAUUUCUUUGGUUAAUCACGAAUAUAAUGUAACCAAGAUAGGAAUUGCGAUGUAAAGCAGAUAUCCGCUUGGUAACGUUGAACCAGUAAUGCGUCGACCUGAAACGUCGUUUUCCUCUUGUUUAGCCAAGUUUACAAUUCCAAAUUAAAUUGCUCACUGUUUGUUAUGUUUUGAAAUUCUUAAGCGAAUGCACAAGCAAUCAUAUAAAAAAUGAACGUCGUUCCAGGCACUGCCUCGCUCCUCGAGGAACUUGACAAAAAAUUAAUGGUUUUGCUGAGAGACGGCAGAACGUUAAUUGGAUAUCUUAGGAGUGUCGAUCAGUUUGCAAAUUUAGUUCUUCAUCGUACUAUUGAAAGGAUCCACGUUGGCAAAGAGUACGGUGAUAUUCCCAGAGGAGUUUUUAUUGUUAGAGGAGAGAAUGUAGUUUUAUUAGGGGAAAUAGACAAGGAUAAAGAGAAAAAUUUACCUCUAUCGGAAGUUUCAGUCGAUGAUAUUCUUGAUGCUCAAAGAAGAGAACAAGAAUUGAAGCAAGACCAGGAACGAUUAAUGAACAAAGCAUUAAAAGAUCGUGGCUUGUCGUAUAUACCCGACUUGGGCCACGACGACAUGUUCUGACCGAAGACAAUGGCCUAAAAUUUACAUUCGUCGUUUGAUAAUUUGCAUCAAUCCAAGCUAAGAACCGAGCUCGACUCCUUUAAAAUUUUAAUAA